AUGUCUGACAUGCAGAAGAUCUUUACCGCCAAGGCCUGCCCUCCUGCCGGCCCUUACACCCAAGCCGUCCAGGUCGGUCAGCAAAUCUUCGUGUCGGGCCAGAUUCCGGCCGAUGCGCAGGGCAACCUGAUCGAGGGCACCAUUGCCCAGAAGACCGAGGCCUGCUGCAACAACGUGAUUGCCAUCCUCGACGAGGCCGGCUCCAGCAUCUCUCGCGUGUUCAAGACCACCGUCUUCCUCGACGACAUGGCCAAUUUCGCCGAGAUGAACGGCGUCUACGAGAAGUUCUUCGCCCACAAGCCGGCGAGGAGCUGCGUCGCCGUCAAGACGCUCCCCAAGGGUGUCCCGGUCGAGAUUGAGUGCAUUGCUCUCGCUGGCAAGGCUUAA